AAUAGUCAUUCACCACACUCGCCUCAUAUAAACUCAAAGUCUUUAUUUAACGAGGCAGCCGAGGAUCAAGAUUUCGAGGCAAUCAGAGAAGGUUUAAGUUUUGCCCUUGGUAACGAUAACAAAGAUGCUGAAUGGUUCCCGGUCAGUUCUGGUUUCAAAGCAACGUCAAGUCCAGAGCGUAAUAAUUCAAAUGCUACAUCAAAUGAAUUCCUACAUAGUCCUAGCGGUAUCAACGAUUCCCAUCUUUAUUCCGAUAAUAUUCCAUUAGAUAAUUUAAAAAUUUCCCCCAAUCAUACUGGUGAAGGUACUUCUCCCCGUCCUCCCCUUUCAGCAAGAAAUCAAAGUUUUCCGUCUCACCUUUCUCCUCAUGACUUUAAUAAACGUGAAAAUCUUUCGCCAACAUCGCAUUCUUCCAAUAAUAUUCCCAAAGCAUCUAAGGAUCCAAGCAUAUUAGAAUCAGGUCUUUUAUCCCCAGCCUUGAAUCAUCCAUCAUCCGCUUCAUCCAAAUUUGAUGAUGCAUCACCCAAUAAAUUUUCAAAUGUUAUCACUAGAUUAUCGGAUCGUAUCGCUGGUACUGGGGCUGCUGCUUCACCAGUGACUGACAAACCUGCACAAGAUAGUCAACUUUAUCGCCAAAAAAGUAAUAGCUCAGCUCAUUCUAGUGACCACUCCUCUGGCGGUGAAGCAAGUAUCCAUUCUCCUAAUUCAAUCCCAAAUUACGAUCGUUCUUAUUCCUAUAUUAGUCAAAAUACCGCUGUUCCAGCAACAACCGUAACAGACGAACAUAAUAACUCAAUUCAAAUUGGCGAUUCUACAAAUUCUGAUAACCCAACAUUCUCAAACGGCUUGGGACUUUAUCUUUCGGAAAAUCCAAGCAAUAAAUCAUUCAAUUCUCCCAAUAGUAAUCAUAAUCCCGAUGAAUCAUUCCAUUCAAAUGCUGGAGCUUCCCAAGCAGGGAUUUUACACAAUCUAAAACCUUCGGAUGGGCCUCAAUCUCCUCACACUGCUACUUCUCCAUUCAAGCCUUAUAAAUUCGCAAAUAAUGAUAGCCUUUAUUUAUUCGGUAGCACUUUAAAAAUAUUCUCCCCAAAUUCAAAGAUCCGCCGUUUCUGCCAUCGCUUGCUUUCACAUCAUUCAACUAACCUUUUUUUGCUUUCCUUAUUGGUUCUUCAAGUAAUCUUGUUGUCCUAUAGACAGUGGAAUCCUAUGAAAUUGCGUGGGUAUUAUUACCACGGUUAUAACUGGGCCGAUUAUGUAUUAAUUACCAUUAAUAUUUUUUAUACACUUGAAAUUUUUGGUAAAAUCAUUGCAUAUGGCUUUAUUGAUGAUCAUGUUAUGUUUUCGGACUUGGGUUUGAAAUAUCCAGAAAAUGAAUUGAAAACAAAUUAUUUCCAACAGAACCACAUAGUCAGGUUCUUAAAGAAAUUAGGUUUUGGUAAGGUAUUUUUCCGUAAUACUGAAACAACAAGAAGAACUGAAGGUUAUAACAAGCCUCAAUUUAGUUCAUCAGAUGAGGAAAAUGGCAACUUGAGUGAGGAUUUAGACAUUAAGGAAAUAAAUCUUGAUGAAAACACCCAUGAAAAGCCUUCACAUAAAAAAAAUAAUCCUUUCACAGAUGACUACCUGAUCAGAAGCUCACGAGUUAAUCAAAGCGAACCAGAACUCAAUAAUUAUCGUAUCCAAAAUAAAUAUGAACGUCAUGCUACUUUUGCCGAUCAAGAUGCUCAUUCAAAAAAUGAGCCUGAUCCAUCUGAUUUGUCUGAUAAGCCAAUUAUUGGGUCUCAAAGAUUUGAUGUAACCAACACUUUCAUUAUCCCUUCUAAUAAAAACCAUUUAGAUCAACUUCAAUUAAGAAGAGCCUAUAUUAGGAAUAGUUGGCACAGAAUUGAUUUCCUUUCCAUGAUUUGCUUUUGGAUAUCCCUUCUUUUAUCAAUUGGUCAAUAUGAUGCCAAACAUCACAUAUUUUUGUUCAGAGCCUUGAGUUGUUUGAGGAUCCUUCGUUUAUGUAACUUAACCACUGGUACUACUACGAUAUUAACGGCUUGUAAAUUAGCAAUACCUCAAUUGAUCGACGUUGCUAUUUUCAUCUCUUGUUUUUGGUUGUUUUUUGGUAUUAUUGGUGUGCAAUCUUUCAAGUCAUCAUUGACCAGACAUUGCGAAUGGACUAAUCCUAACGAUUCAAAUGACACAUACACCAAUACCGAUCAAUAUUGUGGCUCUUAUAUAGGGCUUGAUGGGAAAGCCAAACCUUAUAUCACGAGAGACGGGUCAUCAUCAGACACUAUCAAAGGAUACAGGUGUCCAAAAUUCUCCAAAUGCGUGAGUGGAGAGAACCCAUAUGCUGGUACAGUGAAUUUUGAUAAUAUUCUUCAAUCCUUGGAAAUGGUUUUUAUAGUCAUGAGUGCAAAUACUUUUACUGAUAUCAUGUAUUACACUAUGGACUCUGACAAUAUGGCUGCUUGUUUGUUUUUUAUCUUUGGUAUCUUUAUUUUGACUGUUUGGUUAAUUAACGUUUUCAUUGCAGUCAUUGUUGCAUCUUUUAAUAUCACUCGAAUGGAAGCGGAUGAACAAAAGAAACAAAGGAAAAGGAAAAAGGGAAUUAUGGAUUUUUUGGGGUUUGUGAAUACAGAUGCCUCUGUUAACAAUGAAAAAAUAAAUCUCUUGAAAAGACAGAAUGUUGGAUUGAGGUACUAUUACAAAUUUGAGUUUUUUUUCAUAAUUGCAAUUAUUUUAGAUUUAUUUGUUCAAUGUUUUAGAUCUUACUCCAUGAGCGAUACACAGAGACAUACACUUUAUAGAUUUGAGUCUGCAUUUACUACUGUGUUUGCUGUGGAGAUCAUUAUUCGCUUCGCUCUUCACUUUCCAAAUUGGAGGAUGUUUUUUACUUCUAGAAGAAAUGUUUUCGAUUUAUUCUUGGUCAUAAUAACCGUAAUAAUCAUCAUUGACCCGAUCAAAACCAGAUUGGGACACGGUUAUUAUUGGUUGACCGUUUUCCAAAUUAUGAGGUUUUAUCGUGUUGUUCUUGCAACUGGUAUCACAAGAAACCUUUGGAUGAAAUUGAUGGGUAACUUUAGGGCCAUAUUUGAUUUGGCCUUAUUCUAUUUCAUUUUGCUUUUUCUUGUUAGCAUUAUUCUCUCUAGAUAUUUCGAGGGUACCGUACCCGAAGAUGAUUUAGAUGAUGUGGAUUUUCCUAUGCAUACUUUACCCAACUCUUUUGUUGCACUUUAUGUGAUCACUUCUACUGAAAAUUGGUCCGACAUUCUCUAUAGCUUACAAGAAUACUCACGCACCACUUCCUCUCGUUCUUUCGGUGCCAUGUUUCUCAUUGGAUGGUUUAUUUUAUCUAAUAUGGUUAUAUUAAAUAUUUUUAUUGCUGUUAUCGCAAAAACAUUGGAAGUUUCAGAAGAGGGCAAAAGAAAGAAGCAGCUUUUACAAUUUAUUGACGACAUGACGGAAAAAUUGCAAAAUCUCGAUUCUGAAUCGGGCUUGUUGAGCAAAAUUAAGAAAAAGGUCUUUAGACAUAAAGGUGUUAAGGAUGAUCUUGAAAAAGCUGUGGUGAACUUACUAUUAAGUGGUACUGCCGUGAAUGAGUUUUUAGAUAGGGAUCCUACAAAAUCAGAAGAUGAAGACACCGAGAAAGUGAAAACCCUACCAAGUUCUAGCUGGAAGCGCUGGUUUCAGGUUAAUUUUUGGCGUACUAGCAAUUAUCUUAGAAAUCCUUUUUUUACUCGCCGUUCCCAAAAGCAUGAAAUCACCAAUUUCGAACCAGCUCAUUUCGCUAAAAAUAUUAUCACUGAACGUAACUUAUUAAUUUCUAAACAAAAUAAAUUUUUGAAAGAAAAUCCAAAGUUUAAUAAUGUCUUCUAUGUCUUGAAACCGCGUCAUAGAUUGAGAAGAUUCUGUCAGAGGCUUGUUAAGUCAAGUUAUGGUGAAAGAAUCGAUGGUGUGGAACCAAACAAAAUUGUAUCUGAAAUAUUUGUUGUGGUAAUGUUUUUGGCAACCAUUGGUUUAGUUGUCACAGCUUGUUACUUGACUCCUUUAUACAGGAAAUACAUGGUGAAUCUCUACGGUACUCUUAAUUGGACUUUCUAUCUUGAAGUUGGAUUCAACGUUUUAUUCACCCUUGAAUUUUUCAUUAAGAUCACUGCUGAUGGUUUAAUAUUUACGCCUAAUUCUUAUAUGCGUUCAUCUUGGAACUUGAUCGAUUUAUUGGUUUUAGUAUCUUUAUGGAUUGAGUUCAUUGCUUUUUUGAAGAAUGAUGGUAACUUAUCAAGAAUUGUUAGAGGUUUGAAAGCACUCCGUGCAUUAAGAUUAUUGACCAUUAGUGAAACCGCUAAAAGCAAUUUUCAUAAUACCAUUAUCACUGGAUUUUGGAAAAUUAUCAGUGCUGCUAUCAUAUCCCUUUGUUUGCUUUUCCCAUUCUCAAUAUGGGGUCUCAAUGUUUUCAAUGGAAGACUUGGUUACUGUCUAGAUGGUGAAUCAACUGAAGGUGAAUGUCAAGGAGAAUUUAAAAGUACUGUUUUUAAUUGGGAUGUCAUGAGUCCCAACGUUUAUACGAAUCCGCAACUUGAGUUCGAUACUUUUCCCACUUCUUUUGCUACGUUGUUUGAAAUCGUUUCCUUAGAAGGUUGGUCUGAUCUUUUGCUCAAUGUAAUGAAAAGCACUGGGGUUGGGACUGUUCCUGAAGAUUAUGCAACACCGUUCAAUGGCUUUUUUGUUGUCUUAUUCAACUUUAUAAGUAUCGUUUUCAUUUUGACUUUGUUCAUUUCUGUUAUUAUCAGUAAUUACUCUAAGACAACUGGUAGGGCAUAUAUGACCACUGAUCAAAUAUCAUGGUACCAAGUCAAGAAGUUUUUGAUACAGGUCAAACCAUCUAAAAGAAAAGAUUUUUCCACGUUAUCUAGUCUCGAAAGAUUUUGUUAUCGAAUGACUGUUGAGAAGAAUAAGUAUUGGAACGGUUUAUUGAACUUCGUUCUAGUGUUACAUGUUUUAUCCUUAUUGCUCGAAUGCUUUCCAUCUAGGCAUAGCUUGGAUACAUUUAGACAAGCGGUUUUCAUUCUGGCAUCAUCAAUGUUUGUGAUCAAUGCCGUUAUGUUAUGUAUUGGGCAAGGUUUCAAAACAUUUGUCAAAUUCAAGUGGAAUGUAUUCAACUUUUUUGUUUCUGUUGGUGCUUUCCUAUCAACAAUUUGCUCAUUCCUUAUUAGAGCAGACAGUGUCUUUAUAAACAUUAACAAAUUAUUUUUGGUCGGAAUUUUAGCUUUCAUUAUCCCACGAAGUAAUAGGUUGAGUCAGUUAUUGAGGUUUGCUUCAGCAUCGUUGCCCACCCUACUUUCUCUAUCAUUCACAUGGGUUGUUAUCUUUUUGGUGUUUGCAAUUGCUAUGAAUCAAAUUUUCGGUUUAACCAAAGUUGGUCUGCACGGUACUGGUAAUAUAAACUUGCGCUCAGUUCCAAAGGCAUUGAUCUUAUUAUUUAGAUGCUCGUUUGGAGAAGGUUGGAAUUACAUAAUGGAAGACUAUACUGUUGAGUCCCCCUUCUGUUCAAGUGCAAGUAGUAUGGAUGAUAGUGACUGUGGGAACAAACAAUAUGCUUAUAUUUUAUUCAUGGCAUGGAAUAUUGUGUCCAUGUAUAUAUUCUUGAAUAUGUUUAUUUCGCUUAUUUUGGAUAGUUUUAGUUAUAUAAGCCAUCGUUCUGAUUACAGCCAUUUCAUCAAGAGAGAAGAAGUAAGAAAAUUCAAAAGGACCUGGCAGAUGUUCGACCCUAAGGGUACAGGAUAUAUUAAACCAAUUCACUUACCAGCUUUACUUCACUCCUUAGAAGGUGCUUUUAGUUACCAUUUCUAUACCGGUGAGCUAGAGAUUAAACAUUUAUGUGGAAAAUGGUUCAAGCGGAAUAACCCAAAUGAUCCUUAUAACAUAACAGUUAACUAUAAAGCUAUUGAAGAAACAUUGAAUGCCAUGGAUAUCCCAAAAAUUCGUGAGAGAAGAAAAUCCUACGAAAAAUUUAUGGAAGAAGCCAUAAUGACCAUGGAAAUUAAUAAUGAUCCUGGAAUAUCAUUCACUAGAAUCUUAUUGCAAUUGCCUUUAUAUACUGCAUUUGAAAGUGGUCAAUGUUUGAAUUUAAUUGAUUUCUUGGAAAGAAGAUUAUUGAUUCAAAAAGUUGAGAAGCGAUUACAUACCAAAAGGGUUUAUGAAACUAUUGCUGCUUAUGCUUGUCGUUGGAAAUAUAAGAAGGACCAAAGACAUGGUAUCAAAGAUGAUAAUAUCGAUUUCGGUAAAGAAUUAAGACGUCAUAGUUACUUAGCCAAUGAAAACUUGGGUGUUAAUGCUCCUUCUAUUUAUGUCACGAAUCCUGAUGAUGGUAAUUCUGACAAGUUAAAUGAAUCAUAUGACGAUGAAGAUGAGAAUUUCCCAUUGACAAAAUCUACUGGAAUGUCUGACUAUAAUAUCGAUAGUGCUGGCGCUCCUGAUAUUAAUGAAGGAACAACAAGUGGAAUCUAUGUUCCAAAGUCACCAAUCCAUAUCUAUAAAGCUAGAAAUAGAUCUCAAAACCCAGCUAGUCAAUCUGAUGAAGCUCAAUCCUCAUCUCAGAAAGAAGUGCCACCAAAACUUUAUAUUCAAAUCCCAUCUAGUAACAGUAAGUCUACAUCUCCUAUUUCAUCGCAUUCUAGUAUGAGUUCAAAAGAUGAUAUUAUCAUCAGUCAACAAGCUUCUCCAUUCUUGGACUCUAACGAUCUUACAAAUUCUGGAGGAGGAAAUGACCAAAUAAGUAAUGUUUCCUUAAUUGAUUUGACUACAAUUGGAGAGACCUUGGAAAACAGUUCUUGGGGAGAAGCUUUGAGAGAAGUUCAAUCAGACCAAAGAUCAUCUGAUAGAUCCGAGAAUGGUAAGGAUCCUAAUAAGGAA